UGACGGUGUCGGCAAGACGAAAACAAACGUACAUUCCUAGUUAAAUUGUGGUUAAUUUUGACAUAUAUCGGAGUAGACGGUGAAGGGUCAUUGAAUUUGCGAAGACGACACACUAUCCAGGAACGUUUUGCAUUGGUCUCUCCAGAUUUCAAUCUGGAGAAGCUCUCAUUGGAAUAUAAUGCUGAAGAAUUGAUAUGGAACCAAACAAAAAGACCAAAGAACGGCCAUUUUAUGAGGCUCCUUCAAACUUACCCACCAGCUCCAAAAUCAUCAAUGAAGCUCGUACUUCGCUGCGAUCAUUGAAGACAAAAAGGCCGUUUACUCCAAGAGAUGAAAACCGAACAUUGUUUGGACCUUCGAGUAGCCGUGCUCCAGAAAAUCGGCCGCCAAGUGCAUUCAGUUUGGGCGCCCGCCAUUUUGAUGGCUCAGACUCUAGACCAGUGUCAGGUACCAGAUUAACACCUUUAGAACAUACUCGAGUUCAUGGCCCUUUGAUUGAAGACAAAACCUCAUCAAUCCAUACUCCCAAGCCACCAUUGGUAGGGGAUUUUGAGGGUCAGGUAUUGCCCCCCAAGCCCCCCUCAGAUCCUAACCGUCCUGUAUCACGCAAAGGUUCCGGACAUGGCCGUUCCAGACUCCAACAUUCCAAUAGUGUGGACAGUUUUAGUACAGCUGGAGAAGUGACAGGCCGCUCUAGAACUGGAUCCAUUGGCGAAGAGUGUACGAUAAAGGAGACGAACAGUACAGACCGACCUAGACGCGUGCACAGUGGCCCCAAAGAGAGGACAGAAAAUGUGUCUGUGGAGGAAAGAGGUGUAGGAGAUGGAAAGGAAUGUCCCCCCAGGCUGGCUAGUGCAGCCGCUGUCCGUAGUCCCCCAACAAGUGCAAGUAAAGAUGGAGAGAGUCGAGCUGGCAGUGGAGGAAGCAAGAGAAGUCCAGGAGAUGCCGCGGAAACCCCAGAGGAGAAAUUCUUUUACACACAACACAUUGGUCCUUUGGUAGAGGAAAUGCUGUGCCUGAGUAAAAAAAAGGACACAGAGAGAAUCAGCGAACUAGCAGACAGCCUUUAUAUUAUUCUUCACCGUGAGAAUUUGUUGGGAAGGAACUGCAAGAAGAGGUCACACAUAUUGAAAACAGUGUUUAAGCUUCUUGAUGCCGAGGAGCCUAAAGUUCUAUUACAGCUGGCCAAGAUUAUCUUAGCUUUGAAAGUCAGUGGCAAUAAUUUAACAAAUGUGUGCAAAUUGGUGUUCAAAGUCAGUCGAAAUGAAAAGAAUGAUCAGGAGUUCAUGGAAGGGAAUGUGUUAGAUCAUUUAGUAGAGACAAUAGAAAGUCUGGAUCAUACUUCCUCAGCUGAAGCUCUUGUCUAUUGUGUUGGCUCAUUGAAGUUUCUUAGCGGUAACAUGAGCUUGGCCAAACUGUUGGUAAAGAAAGGAGGAGUAGAGGCUUUGUCACGCCUGCUCACUGCCGGCAACAGAUCCAAUACGGAAAACAACAAGGCCAGUGAGCAGUUUGGAAAUAUAUUAGUUCAGCUGACUGCAGCCUUAAGAAACCUUGCUGAUGUAAGCUCUAGCCGGGAGAAGUUUCUGUCCGGUGGAGUUGUAGAAGGCCUGUGUAAGGUGAUGGAGUUCUAUGCCCAGGACAGUGAUAUCAUGCUGAACAGCUCCAGAACAUUCAGCAAGCUGACUCUCCAUACAGACUGCUGCAACGCACUCUCAGAACAGCGUGGCUGUUUUAAAUCAUUCCUACAUUUACUCAAUAAACAUUUACACAAAGAGGAUCUUAUUGUCCGAGUCUGUUUUGUAUUGGGCAAUCUAACAGCGAAAAAUGAGUUUGCCAGGAGUGAACUUUUCCAGGAGCCGAAGUCCCUGGACACUUUGCUGUCAGUAUUCAAAACAUAUCUGGAGAAGGGGAUUAAGACCACCGAGAAAAGUAAUGAGGGAGAAGACGCCAAAGAGAUAAGAGAGGUGAGCAAGUACGAGGAUGUGCUAAUAAAGGUUGUGAGAGUGAUUGCAAAUUUAUCCAUCAGUGAGGACAUUGGCCCGUUCAUCGCCUCCAGUCAGCCUUGUCUCCAUCUACUCCUCAAUGUACUAGACAACAAGGAUGAGUCAAGCAGUGAAGAAUUGGUGCUGAACAUAAUGGCCACCAUCAACAAUUUGUCAUUUUACCCAGUGAAAACCAGUGCCAUUAUGGCCAAGCCAAUCCUAGUAGCAGAAUCUUUGUUCCACAUCAUGAAGCUGGUGUUAACACAGAACAUGGAGGCAAUGAUUGAGUGUGCUAGAGUGUUUGGUAAUCUGACCAGGCAAAAAACUGUUAGGGAUUAUCUAUACAAGAAAAAAAUCUGUGAAGUGAUGAUCACCCUGUUGGAUUCUGGCAGUAGGGAAGUGGUCUAUGUGGCCUGUGGUGUUCUUAUUAACAUGAUGGCUGACGAAGAGAAGAGGCCUGUGUUGAAGAGAGAGGGGGGUGUGAACAAGUUGUUGGAGGUGCUACGAGACUUUGGGAAGACAGACUGGCAGCUGGCCAGUAUGGUAUGUCAGGUGCUGUGGAACUACAGUGGUAAGAUCAACAGUGCCAAUGCCUGUUUUGGUGACCCUCAAGCUCAGGAGCUGUCUGAACUGUUGGUGGAAAUGUUAGAUGAGGAGGCAGCCAUGGACGUGUCUGUGAAUGAUGAGAUGGAGGAGGAGGUGCGCUGUAUUGUGCAUGACAUGUGGAAGGCAGAUUUCUGCCCAGUGGCUUCCCAACUUUUACAUAGGAUAGACUCCCACCAGUCCAAGUUUGAGCCCCUAGAGCCCCCGCCAUAGUCCAGCUCAUAGCAGUUAGUCCUUGUGUGUGUGAGUGAGCUGUGGACAGCAGAUGUUCCGUCCACACAACCCUCAUGGUUUACCUGGUAGCUAAGUUCCUAGGGAGCAUCUAUAUGUGCAGUGUUUUUCUCUGAUAUACCUUACUUAAUGUGAGCAGCAGAGAAGCAAGGGGUGGUUCAGUAGUCACAUGAAGUAAGGGGGGAUGUCACUGUCCAGUGAGGACCAAUGAGAAAUGGCCCUCUGGCUCAGAACCUGUGCUUGAAUAGAGCUGCCAUUAACCUAGCAAUUAGUCUUCACAACUUCAAAUCAGUAUUGAUAGCCACAUAAUCACUAGGACUCUUGAUGUACACCUAUGUAUUACCUGUAUAUAUGAGUGUAUUGUUCCUCGUACCAUGUGUGGACUGCCUGGUAUUUCAGGAGAAUGUCUUAUGUGGUGGUGUCAUCUGUGAGAUCCAUGAUGUGUAGAGGUGCAAGUCUUAUACACACACUGCUCAGUAUUGCUUGGCAUGUAGAACAUGUGUUUAUAAUGUGUGCCAGAUCUGAUUGUAUAUAUUAUGUAUAAAUGAUAUCAAAAAGCGUUUUCGCUCUGAAUCCAAAUGAAAUCCAUCUAGUUUUACCUAUUCCUGCCUCCCUGGCUAGCCUUCACUAAUUUCUAGCUCUAUAUGUGGAGUGUUUUAGUAUGUGUAUGCCGUCCAUCUCUGGCAAAUUUAUUUGAAUGGUUAAACUUUUCUAUUUGGAAUGUAUUUAUCAUGUUAAUUGGUUGUAUGUAUCUUUUCAUUUCGGAUGCUUACACAGUAAUACAAAAUAAUUGUUAAUUUACAAAAUGUACCCAAUACCAUGUAGUUUUGCAGAGCCAUGUUAUCUCAGUACAAUUGUGAAUUUGCUUGGUUAUUAUAGACAGUCCCACCUAUCAGUGUUUAUAUUGCUGAUCAAUAAGGUACUCUAUUGUUUAAGUAAACAGUUCCUGCUAUUUUUGUUAUUAUGACUGGCAGAAACUGUUUUCUCAUUCCCUCACAAAAGUGGGAGUUGACACCAACAGUGUGUUCAGAGUGACCUUUCACUGAAAUUUCUAUAUGAUACAUUCCAGGACCUUCAGCAUUAAUUUUGCUGUUGGAAUUCCUCUCUU